AUGUCCCAGAUUCGACAGCAUUGGGUCGAGUACGUAAAAUUCGUCCUCAAUCGCCCCUCCACAAUCUCCGACGUCGCAAUCCACCGAUCGCCCCUGUAUAAACCAACACGGACCUGGAUCUCCCACCGUCUCUCAAUGAACCUAUCCGGGUACUCCGACAACGCUCUAGCGGGAAAAUGCCGGGUUAAGAUGCGAUCCCAGCGACAAUCUGCAAGCCCGGCGACCCCCGACAGAUUGACCAAACCUAAUUGUGAUAGUUCGACAGGAGCUACACUAACAUCGAUGGAAACUCGACGUGGCUGCAUCGUGAAUCGGUACCUUGACCGUAUUUCCUGAGGAAAGCCCAGAACUAAUGCAUUAUCAAAUAAACCAACAAAAAGUGAGCAAGUUACUACAAAUCACACAGGGAAAUCUGGGCUUUUAUUGUCUGCGUAGAGAACGAAAAGUAGGUAAACGAUGUCACCUUUGAACUCUUUUUUAUUACUCACACAGAGAAGGUGUGGUAAAAUCAAACUACGUUUUAUAUAUAUGUGAAUUAUUUCAUGCGUUAGGAGUAUUGCAAAGGCAUAUACACACGUGUUCGUGUGUAAUACACUGUAUUUUAAGGACACCUAUGGCUACUGGCCCAGUCCCCAUUUAAAAUCAUUCACGGAUGCAGACAUAACAGCAUCUUCAAACAAAGCAUUUCAAGCUCCGGUCAACCUGAUAGAGAAAAAACUGUCACGUGCCCAGCCUAACUGAUGCCGGUAGAUUCAUAACGACAUCAUAUCACUUGCUUAUAGAUCAACAUAUAGACUGCUUCAGUAGGAAUUAAGAUCAUCAACAAGCAAGCUGGUGGCUGCUCAGUAGUUCAGCACGAAUAUUACUAGUUGUUCAAAUCUGACUUAAUUUUGAAACCUACCAGCCUCGGUUUAAUUAGUUGGCUUUAGUUUAUCUAAAGAAAAUCAAGGUGAGCGUCGUUGAACGUAUUAUUUGUGACACGCAGCGGAAGUAUGUAACAAAAUUCAAAAGAGGGGCAAAACCAAACUGCAGAGGAGAUAUAGACCCGUAGUGAUAGAUGAAGCAUUUCACGCGUUAGCAGAAUUGGAGGGCAUAUGUGCACUCGCGGGUGCGUAAUAAAGUAGUUAUGUGAAGAAAUGUCAGCCGCCUACAAGCAUCAUGGUAAAUGUUACUAUGUUACACGAGGCCUGGAAGGCACGAAAAGGAGCUCCGGGAGGUAGCCCUGCCACUAACAGCAUGUCUUCGAGGCACGGAAUGACAUUGUCAAACAUCUUUGCGUUCACCGUAAUGUCGGCAGUGCAAAUACGCCCCCACUUCCCUGAGGCUCCGAAGCACUUGAAGAAGGAUACACGAUCGCCGGGACAAGAGCUUUAUUAGCCUCACGUUUCGGAUUCCUACUCGAAUCCAUCAUCAGAGACAAAAGAGCAGAAACGGGUGGUUGUUGCACAAGGGGCUGCGGUAUUUAUAGGAUGCAGCAGCCAUGCUACCGCCUGCCUAUGAACGUUCACGGCUUCCCCCUUCAUCCGGGAUUGCCACACUUGGGGUGAUCAUUGCUUGAUGGCCGACAUUCGCGUCGUUAAUUGCUGCAAUUUCAUCACGUGCGUUGGAUGUUGGUGUGAUGAUUGCUCGACCAUCUGACGCGCUGACCCGGGUGUUGGGAAGAGUGUUCAUCAGGGCGCUCCCCGCGUGGCCAAUUUCUCCGCCUAGACGAAGUCUCAGCACGCUGUAUAGAAUGGGAAGAUCAUUGCACUCGUUAAUAGACUGGGGGCCAGUGAACCAUGACUCAAGCAGCUCCCGGCUCACGCGGUUCCUGGAGAAACUCAAAGGGGUAAGCCUCCAUCCAAAUGAGGUCAUGGUAUCUUUUGAUGUUACAUCCCUUUUUACUUCUAUUCCCCAGGACCUGGCGAUCGAGACAAUCAAGCUGCCUCUGCAAAGCAAAUACGAUGAAACGGAGAAUCGUCUUGGACGCGCCAAAGUCCUUCAGCUCCUGAAGUUCUGUCUCAGGACGUACUUCACGUUCGACGGGACAAUUUAUGAACAGGUGAAGGGCACACCAAUGGGUUCGCCGAUUUCGGGAUUCAUCGACGAGGCGGUCCUGCAAAGGUUAGAGUCGCUGGUCUUCCAACACCACAAACCGACGUUCUGGGCCCGGUAUGUGGAUGAUACCUUCGUCGUUAUCGAUCGGGAUCAACUGCUGACAUUUAAGGAACGUCUGAAUGCGGUCUUCCUGGACAUACAAUUUACGAUGGAGGAGGAAGAGAACAACCGGCUGGCCUUCCUGGAUGUCCUCGUAUGCCGCAAGGAUUGUGGUGGACUAAAGACCAAAGUGUUCAGGAAAGCGGCAAAUACGAUGCAAGUACUGAACUUCAACAGCAACCACCCAAUUAGUCACAAACGCAGUUGUGUAAGGACGCUCUAUCGGCGUGUCGAAACGCACUGCAGUGAGCCGGAAGACAAGAUUGCUGAACUACAAUACCUCCGACGGGUCUUCAAAGCCAAUGGCUACCCGCGCAACUUCGUCGACCGGUGCAUACGCAAAAGGGACGAAAGGCCUAACUGCAGGGACACCAAAGUUUGA